CUUCCGGUCCAGGAGCGCGGUGUGCCGGCCUUUCCCGCCCGGGUGGAAUUCCUGCCCCAAUUUCCUGAGACUCGUUCUUUUCGCGUGCAAUGUCCACGGACUCGGGUGCCUGUACCAAAGAGCCGCUCUUACAGCUGCUACCCGUAGACGCUAGAGAUAGGGGUACCCAACGCUGCCGUCUCGGCCCGGCAGCCCUCCGCACUUUGGGCGCGCACUUAGGUUCAGCGGUGAAGAUCUCGCUGCCCGACGGCGGCUCCUGCCUCUGCACUGCCUGGCCGCGGCGGGACCGAGCGGAUGGCUUUGUGCAGCUGGACCUGCGGUGCGCGAGCCCCGGGGCGGCGGUAAGGGCGCCGGGGUCCCGGGGGAGCCUCAGCCUGAGCCGCCUCCGCCUGGUGCCCUGUCCGCCCCUACGGCGCCUCACCCUGUGGCCGGUGUUGCGAGAGCCGGCGGGCGCGCCCGGCGCCCACGAUGAAGCUGCAGUGCUGGAGGCGGCGCACGAGCUGCUGAGGAACCGCCCUGUCUCCCUAGGCCAUGUGGUGGCCGCUCCACCGGGCGCACCCGGCCCUGUGGCAGCCCUGCACAUCGUCGGCGGGAGCCCUAACCCGGAUCCGGCCGGGCUGGUGACUCCUCGCACCUGCAUCAGUCUCAGCGCGGAGCCCCGGUCGAAGGCAGAGCCCAAGUCCGAGGUGCCUCUGGGGGGCCUCUCGGAGGCGGCCGACUCGCUGCGGGAGCUGCUGCUGCUGCCGCUGCGCUACCCCAGCGCCCUGGCCGCGCUGGGCCUAGCCGUGCCCCGCGGGGUGCUCCUCGCAGGCCCGCCCGGGGUGGGCAAGACGCAGCUCGUGCGUGCCGUGGCCCGGGAGGCGGGCGCAGAGCUGCUGGCCGUGAGUGCCCCGGCGCUGCAGGGCUCCCGGCCUGGGGAGACCGAGGAGAACGUGCGGCGGGUGUUCCAGCGCGCGCGGGAGCUGGCCCGCCGCGGGCCGAGUGUCCUCUUCCUGGACGAGGUGGACGCCCUGUGCCCCCGGCGGGGAGGUCUGCACCGAGCCCCUGAGAGCCGCGUGGUGGCCCAAGUGUUGACGCUGCUGGACGGCAUGAGUGGGGACCGCGAGGUCGUGGUUGUGGGAGCCACCAACCGGCCGGACGCCCUAGACCCAGCGCUGCGCAGACCCGGGAGAUUUGACCGAGAAAUUGUCAUUGGGACUCCCACACUCAAACAAAGAAAGGCGAUUCUGCAAGUGCUUACCUCUAAGAUGCCCGUCUGCAGUGAGGUUGACUUGGGGCUCCUGGCAGAAAUGACGGUGGGCUACGUGGGCGCGGACCUGACCGCCCUCUGUAGGGAGGCUGCCAUGCACGCCGCCCUUCACGGUGAGAAGAACCAGAACAAUCCAGUGAUUGAUGAAGCAGACUUCCUUGAAGCUUUUAAAAAGAUUCAGCCCUCAUCAUUUCGAAGUGUCAUUGGACUGAUGGACAUCAAGCCUGUUGGCUGGGAGCAGAUUGGUGGCCUUGAAGAUGUAAAACUGAAGUUAAAACAGAGCAUCGAGUGGCCUCUGAAAUUCCCUCAGGAGUUUAUUAGGAUGGGUCUGACACAACCAAAAGGAGUUCUCCUCUAUGGUCCCCCAGGCUGUGCCAAAACCACCCUGGUGAGGGCCCUGGCCACCAGCUGUCACUGCUCUUUCGUUUCAGUGAGUGGAGCUGAUCUCUUUUCACCCUUUGUUGGAGAUUCGGAAAAAAUCUUGUCCCAGGUGUUUAGACAAGCAAGAGCAAAUACUCCAGCAAUUGUGUUUUUGGAUGAAAUUGAUUCCAUCUUGGGAUCGCGCUCAGUCAGCAAAACAGAAUGCAGUGUUCAAGAGCGAGUUCUUUCUGUUCUCCUGAAUGAAUUAGAUGGUGUUGGACUUAAGACGAUAGAAAGAAGAGGAAGUAAAUCAAGUCAACAGGGUAAAUACAAGGAGCUGAAAAAAACGAAGAGAUUAGAGUUUCAAGAAGUUUUUAAUCGACAUGUGAUGAUUGUUGCAGCAACAAAUAGACCCGAUGUGUUAGAUGAUGCCUUGCUCCGUCCUGGAAGACUUGAUAAGAUUAUCUAUAUUCCACCUCCAGAUCAAAAGGGCAGGCUUUCUAUUUUAGAAAUCUGUACAAAAAGUAUGCCAAUAGGGUCUGAUGUUUCCUUAGAAAACCUAGCAGCAGAAACCUGUUUUUUCUCUGGAGCUGACCUGAGAAACCUCUGCAGAGAAGCUGCCUUGCUUGCUCUGCAAGAAGAUGGACUGGAAGCAACCACGGUGAAACAGGAGCAUUUUCUAAAAUCACUAAAGACUGUAAAACCAUCUUUAAGUCGCGAGGACUUGACUUUAUAUGAAAACUUAUUUAAGAAAGAAAGAUUUGCUAAUUUAGAAGAUACGUAAAAAUCACUUUACACCCCUGUUGGGUUGUUUACAUGAACUGAAAUGGGACUUUGCCUACAGUUUGCAACGUCACACUUUCAGAGUGUGUGUGUAUGUGUGUGUGUGUCCUUUAAAUAAGGAGAACUUGAACCUGAUAAGCUAAGGGUCAUCUUAUUUCUAAAAGGCAUAUGUUCAAAUAAAAGUUAAAAAAAAAUAAAGCUUUUAAAGACACCCUUAAAAAAAGGCAUAUGUUAUUAAAAUAUGUAAUUGAGAA